AUGAUUCGAGAAUAUGGGCAUUCGUUAUAUUGGGAUUCGGGAAAUUGGGUGUUCGGGAUAUGGGGAUUCGGAAAAUUGGGUGUUCGGGAUGUUAGAAUUCGUGAAAUUGGAAAUUUGAUUCGGGAAAAUAUCUAUUCAGGAAAUCAGAAUUAUGGAAAUUGGCAUUCGGGAACUUGUCUGAUAAGGCAUAAAUUCGGGGGAUCAUGGGGGAAUAAUUUAUACAUUUGGAUUUCAAGUCAUAAAAGGGACCUUACCCAUGCAAAGACUAUGAAAACGUUAAUUCAAAGGUCAACAACUAGAUUGACGCAUAGAGAGGGAUCGGAUAAAAAAUGGUGUGAUAAUGGAGAUCAUUGCUGCGGCUUGAACGAUAAAUGUCUUCCAGGCGGUUGUUUACCUCCGAUAAUUAACCCUACGUUCUUACAUCCAAUGGUGCAGACGACUGUGGAAAUAGCUACUACUGUGAUAAGGCAACCUCCCACUUAUUAUAAGAAUGCGGAAAAAUGUCCAAAUGGCGGCUACUGUGAUAAGGGCGAAAGAUGUGCUUCAGGAGAUACUUGUUUGCCUGCG